AUGAGCGUGCCCGGCCGUCGCCCCGCCCGAGCGUCCUGCCUCGUCUCCUUCAACACGAGCCACAGCCCCGCAGCAGAUCUGAGGGAUGAAGAAAACUGGAACCUGUACGGGAAGUGCAACCCCCCAAACGGCCACGGGCAUAAUUGGGAAGUUGUGCUCUGUUUGGCCUCCAGAAAUGGCAAAGUGGAUGAUGUACUUUCUCUGGGCUUUCUGCUGUGCUGACUUGCUGGACCCCUAACGAGUUUCGUAGGGUGCAACUUGACUAACCAACUGCCCAUUCAGAUUCUUACAGCCAUCUUCUACCUGAACCUGGACACGCUCAAAUUCACACCCUACAAGUUAAAGAACCAGAAUUAA